AUGAACUUGAUUAGUCGUAUAAAUAGUGCGCGGACGCAGAUGAUCGUUGUCAGUAGCCAUCUGAAGCGUUCCGAGUUCAAGAUGAGAGUGCUGAUUCUUUCCGCCUUCUUCGCCUGCGCAGCGGCAGCACCAUCUGGCCUCGUUGCCUCCUACAUCUACCAGCCUUUGACCAUCCCCGCUGCAAUCCCUACUAUUUCCCCUGGGGACAUCCAAGCCGCCGCCAUCGAUGUCCAAGUCAAAGCCAACGACCUGGCCAGAGCUGCUGUUGACAAGGCCCAAGAAUUCAACGACCAAGCCGUCGAAAAUGUCAACGAAAAAGUUGUAACUGACAUCGACCAAAUCAACGAGAGAAACUUGGAAGCGUUCUGGUCAAACGAGGAUAAAAAAUGGCAAGCAAUUGAUGCUGUCAAGACCGCUGAAGCUCAGAUUGACGGCGCUGCAGCAAGCAAUGCUGACUUAUACGCCAAAACCGCCAUCGGUGGUGCCGUACCUUAUGUUGCCGCAGUCGCCCCUGUACAUGGUGUUGCCCCCGUAGCUGCUGUUACUCCUCUGGUAGGCGCUCCAAUCUCUCCCGUAAUUUACAACCCUUACUUUUCUGCCAAUAAAGCUAUUUCUGCUCAAGCAGAAGUGAAAACUGAGGAGAAAAAGGAAGAAAACCAAGAAGUUACUGUGGAAUCUGCAGUAAAGAGCGCGGAACCCCAAAAGGCUGAAACUUCCAGUGAAAAUGCUGCAGAGAAACCCUCUGAGAGUGCAGCUGAGGCUGAGAAAAAGCCUGUCGUUCUGGCCCCCUCUUUAAUAGCUCCUAUCCCCGGUGUGUACAGAUAUAACGUGGUAGCCCCAGGGCCAGUACUCUCUCAACCUUUUGUCAAGUACGCCUCUUUCCCCACAUUUCACGGAGCAUUUGUUCCUAAUUUCGUGCAGAGCGUGUGGUAA